CCAUAGAGCUAUUACAGAUAGAGGGAAGUAGGUAUGGGACGACGUGUAAGCGCAUGCGAUAGUGGGAUAAAAAGAGAACGUUGCAAUAGAGGCCGGUGUGUCACUGUCUAACAGUCACGCGCAUGCGCGUAACGUGUGCGCUUGUAGGCAGAGUGUGUCUCUUUCUUUCUUAUAAAAGCAUGUGGAAAGAGAAAGAUACACUCUGAACUAGUGCAGUUAGGCGCACGCAGUACCUAAUACGCAUGCGCUAUGAGACAAUGACACACCGGCCUCUAUUGCAGCGUUCUCUUUCUACGGCUAUAUCGCGUCCUUCGUUGACUCCCUCCCUCUAUCUGUAAUAGCUCUAUGGUCUAACCAGAGAGCCUGAGAGCUGCCACGGCCGGGUUUUAGUGAACCUCGAACGCAAUACGACCUCUGUGGACAAUGGAAAACGUGGACGAACUACGUAGCCAAUAUCCGCAUUUUGCCAAGUGGGUAACGUAGAUUUAUGCAUGGGGAUAGUAGCGGAGAUAUUAUACUGGACGUUGAUCCUGAAGCCGUUAGGAAAGGAAUACGAUCGCUUAUGCAACAAGUUGCUCAAAUCGAACGCGAGAGAGAUGAUCAUAAAACAAAGCUGUGUAGUUUGAAGAAGCAACUGAAGGAGUCUAAAAAAAAAACAAAGCACCACAGAUGUAAAAGUCAACAAUCUUUUGACUAACAUUCGGAUGCUUUAGGAAGAGAAGAAAUCUAUGGAAGCAAAACUAACUCAAAUACAAACUAGCUAUCAAGCACAAGCAUAUAUUUAUAUUCAUGUUAGCAAUUAGCAUCCACGCCAAAAGUGGAAGUGUAUAAGAACUGCGUAGCGACAUCAAUUUAUAUUGACAAAUGGUCUGUUCUUUCUAACUGGUGCAGCCACUUUAGC